GGAGUUGACUGAAAAACCAACGGCGCGGAGGAGACCCGUGUGAGCUUGAGGGCCUGGGCCACGGCGACCAUGACGAUGGCUUGAAGCUGGCUGGAGGAGCGCCGUCCUCCAGCGCGGGAAUGUGAUGUUAAUUCUGAGGCACUGAUGUUUUACAAUGCCUGAUCAAGACAAAAAGGUGAAGACCACAGAGAAAUCUGCUGAUAGAAAACAGCCAGGAACCACCACCAGGGACUAUUCCGAUCUUAAAAGACUUCGGUGCCUCUUGAAUGUUCAAUCCAGCAAGCAGCAGCUUCCAGCCAUUAACUUUGAUACUGCCCAAAAUAAUAUGAUGAAGUGUGACCUUGCCAUAAAGGCUGGGGCUCACAGAUCUCGGGGUCAAUGGCACGAGUCCACAGAAGCUGUUGAACUUGAAAAUUUUAGUAUAAACUACAAGAAUGAAAGGAAUUUCAGCAAACAUCCUCAGCACCAAUUAUUUCAAGAGAUCUUUAUAGCACUGGUGAGAAAUAGACUCAUAUGCAGUGAGUGGGUUAAUCGAGCUCCGUCCAUUCAUUUUCUGAGAGUGUUAAUUUGUCUGAGGCUGCUAAUGCGGGAUCCAUGUUAUCAGGAAAUACUCCAUAACUUGGGUGGGAUUGAAAACUUAGCUCAGUACAUGGAGAUCGUGGCAAACGAGUACCUGGGAUAUGCAGAGGAGCAGCACAGCGUGGACAAGCUGGUCAACAUGACUUAUAUUUUUCAAAAACUUGCUGCUGUGAAAGACCAAAGAGAAUGGGUCACUUCAAGUGGAGCCCACAAAACAUUAGUAAAUUUACUUGGUGCCCGAGACACUAAUGUGCUGUUGGGUGCUCUUCUGGUGCUGGCUAGUUUAGCAGAAAGCCCAGAAUGUAGGGAGAAGAUAAGUGAGCUCAACAUUGUAGAAAAUCUGUUGAUGAUUUUGCAUGAAUAUGACUUGCUUUCAAAAAGACUGACCGCAGAACUCCUGCGCCUGCUUUGUGCCGAAUCCCAGGUAAAGGAGCAGGUGAAGCUGUACGAGGGCAUACCCAUCCUGCUCAGCCUGCUCCACUCUGACCACCUGAAGCUGCUCUGGAGUGUCGUCUGGAUUCUCGUUCAGGUGUGUGAGGACCCUGAGACCAGCGUGGAAAUCCGCAUCUGGGGUGGCAUCAAGCAGCUCCUGCAUAUUUUACAAGGGGACAGAAAUUUUGUUUCUGAUCGUUCAUCCAUUGGAAGCCUGUCCAGUGCUAAUGCCGCAGGCCGAAUCCAACAGCUGCAUUUGUCAGAAGAUCUAAGUCCUCGGGAAAUACAAGAAAAUACUUCCUCUCUCCAAGCAGCUUGCUGUGCUGCCCUCACUGAGCUGGCACUCAAUGACACCAAUGCCCACCAGGUGGUUCAGGAAAAUGGUAUAUACACAAUAGCAAAAUUAAUUUUACCAAAUAAACAAAAGAAUGCAGCAAAAACUAAUCUACUACAGUGUUAUGCUUUCAGAGCGCUGCGGUUUCUCUUCAGCAUGGAAAGAAACAGACCACUUUUUAAAAGACUCUUCCCUACUGACUUGUUUGAGAUCUUCAUUGACAUAGGACAUUAUGUUCGUGACAUCAGUGCUUAUGAGGAAUUGGUAUCACAGUUGAAUUUAUUAGUGGAGGAUGAACUGAAGCAAAUUGCUGAGAAUAUUGAAAGCAUUAAUCAGAAGAAAGCUCCUUUGAAAUACAUAAGUGACUAUGCAGUUUUGGACCAUCUUGGAAGUGGAGCUUUUGGCUGUGUUUAUAAGGUUAGAAAACGUAGUGGUCAAAACCUUUUAGCAAUGAAAGAGGUCAAUUUACAUAACCCAGUAUUUGGAAAGGAUAAAAAAGAUCGAGACAGCAGUGUAAAGAAUAUUGUUUCUGAAUUGACAAUAAUUAAGGAACAGCUUUAUCAUCCCAAUGUUGUACGUUACUACAAAACAUUUUUGGAAAAUGACAGAUUGUAUAUAGUUAUGGAGCUGAUAGAAGGAGCCCCACUUGGAGAGCACUUUAGUUCUUUGAAGGAAAAACAACACCAUUUUACUGAAGAAAGACUGUGGAAAAUAUUUAUACAGCUGUGCUUAGCCCUCCGAUACUUACACAAGGAGAAAAGGAUUGUCCAUAGAGACCUGACGCCAAACAACAUUAUGUUGGGGGAUAAGGACAAAGUAACAGUUACUGACUUCGGCCUGGCAAAGCAGAAACAAGAAAACAGCAAACUCACAUCUGUGGUUGGAACAAUCCUCUAUUCUUGCCCUGAGGUCCUGAAGAGUGAGCCAUAUGGAGAGAAGGCUGAUGUCUGGGCUGCAGGCUGCAUCCUGUAUCAGAUGGCAACUCUGAGCCCUCCCUUCUGCAGCACUAACAUGCUCUCUUUGGCUACAAAAAUAGUGGAGGCAGUGUAUGAACCAGUGCCAGAAGGUAUCUAUUCUGAGAAAGUGACAGAUACCAUCAGUAGGUGCCUUACUCCUGAUUCAGAAGCCCGUCCAGAUAUUGUAGAAGUCAGCUCUAUGAUUUCAGAUAUCAUGAUGAAGUAUUUAGACAGCUUAUCUAUAUCCCAGCUGGUCUUGGAGAAGAAACUAGAACGAGAACGAAGGAGGACCCAAAGAUGCUUUAUGGAAGCCAACAGGAAUGUCAUCACAUGUCACCAUGAGCUGGCUCUGCUAUCUCAUGAAGCCUUUGAGAAGGUGAGCCUGAGCAGCAGCAGCAGUGGAGCAGCCAGUCUGAAAAGCGAGCUUUCGGAGAGUGCAGACCUCUCUGGUGAGGGCUUCCAGGCAUCCUGCGGGAAGGAGGAGGACAGAGCCUGCGAGGAUGUGCUAUCCGAGGAGAACUUCCACCUGGAGAGCGCGGAGAAAGAUGCAUAUUCAGAGAUGGAAGAUGAGCUGGACAUCUUGGAUAACUUCAGUAGCUCAAGUUCAAGCCCACUGAAGGAGUCUACAUUCAGCAUCCUAAAGAGAAGUUUCAGUGCUUCAGGAGGAGAAAGGCAAUCCCAAGCAAGGGACUUCAUUGGUGGACUAGGAUCAAGACCAAGGCCAGCUUUGCUGCCACUCGACCUGCUUGUGAAAGCUCCGCCCCUCAUGCUCAGGGCCCGUGUUAAGGAUGUAGAGGCGGAGUUAGUGGCAGGGUGGCAGUCCCACAGCCUGCCUGCUGGGAUUCUCCGCAGUCUCAAAGAUCAUGCAUCUGCAGGAAUUGCUGUGUCCCAGAGAAAAGUGCGUCAGAUCAGUGACCCCAUUCAGCAGAUACUGAUUCAGUUGCACAAGAUCAUCUACAUCACACAGCUUCCUCCAGCCUUGCACCAUGAUCUGAAAAGGAGGGUUAUAGAGAGAUUCAAAAAAUCCCUCUUCAGCCAGCAGAGCAACCCUUGUAACUUGAAAUCUGAAAUUAAAAAGUUAUCUCAGGGAUCUCCAGAGCCAAUAGAACCAAACUUCUUUAUGGCAGAUUGUCACUUAUUGCAUCAUCCAUUGGGUGGAAACAGCUGGUCCCCAAGUGACCCCACAGCCCCACCUACCAGCCUUGAUUUGGAGGAAGGAAUCACCUAUGAACAGAUGCAGACUGUGAUUGAAGAAGUCCUAGAAGAAAGUGGCUAUUACAAUUUUACAUCUACUAGGUAUCACUCUUAUCCAUGGGGGACCAAGAAUCACCCAACUAGAAGAUGAGGACAGUGAGGUUUAUAUGGAUAAACAUACCCCAGAAAAGUUCAAGUCCUGGACUUCAGCCACGACUGCAAGAUGCCCAGGGUUGGAUGCUGCUAGGAGGGUGUAGAGAAGACCAACAAGCCAUGGGUUCUGCAGAACCUCUCUCCAGCCAUCUUGUGGGAAGUGUGACAGCUAGCGUGCUUGGAAUCUGUCUCCGGCAUGCAUUAUGUACAAGAUGGCGGGGCUGUCGGUGUGGUUUUGGGAUUAAAAUGCUGCACGGUAAUUCCUCGUUGGAGGACAUACUCACAGAACUUUCCUCCUAGUUACAAAAUAACUUUUCAUGUUUUCAGAGGAAUAUUUUUAUACUCUGAGUUGCUAAGAAUAUUUUUAAGUCCAUCUAGUCUUCCAUGUAUAAAAGUAACUUUACACACAAAAUACAGGACCCAAUGCAAUAUAUUGGGUAAGCCACCAUGUGCCUCAUUUUCUAUGUUUAAAGAAAUUCAGAAUGUAUAACUGGUUUCUUUUUUUAAAUGAAGGGAUUGGCUCUCUCUGGACCACAUGGAGGCUACAGGUCCUUAAACAUGACACAGUGUAGACAGUAUUUAUAACCUUGCACACAUCUGGGAGUAGCUGUUAAACUGAGAUUAGGCUAACAGAAUACAUCAGUGUACAGUGUGCAUAUGUACACAUGUGCGGGGAACUAGGAUGGCUUUGAUUAGACUGAUGCUUCACUGCUAAUCAAAUUUACAUGUCUAAACCCUUUAAAGAGUUCAAAGAUUAUAUGAAAAAGAUGCAAUAAUCCUUAUUCCA